AUGACGACGCCACCGCGCAACACGACCCUGCCCAUCCUCCUGGUCUUCCUCCUGCUCGCGCCGCACCUCCUCGCCACACCAGCGGCGGCGGCGUUCGCCAGCCGGGGCCUCAGCGCGUCCGACGCCGCGCACAUCAGGCGGCGCCAGCUCCUGCAGUACCACAACGCCGGCGGCGCCGACGAUGGCAGCGACGUGGUGGUGGACCCCUCGUACGCGUUCCCGAACUCGCGGCUCUUCGACGCGUACGUGGCGCUGCAGGCGUGGCGGCGCGCCAUCCUCUCCGACCCGCACAACGUGACGGGCUCGUGGACGGGGCCCGACGUGUGCGCCUACGGCGGCGUCUACUGCGCCCCGUCGCCGCAGGACCCGGGCCUCACCGUCGUCGCCUCCGUCGACCUCAACCACGCCGACCUCGCCGGACACCUGCCCGAGGCGCUGGGCCGGCUGGCCGACCUCGCCGUGCUCCACCUCAACUCCAACCGCUUCUGCGGCCUCGUGCCCCGGUCGCUCGACCGGCUGCACGCGCUCCACGAGCUCGACCUCAGCAACAACCACCUCGUCGGCGCGUUCCCCGACGUCGUGCUCCGCCUGCCCAGCCUGAGGUACCUCGACCUCCGCUUCAACGACUUCGAGGGCCCCGUGCCCAGCGAGCUCUUCGACCGCCCGCUCGACGCCAUCUUCAUCAACUCCAACCGCUUCCGCUUCCAGAUCCCCGACAACGUCGGCAACUCGCCGGCCUCCGUGCUCGUGCUCGCCAACAACGACUUCGGCGGCUGCCUCCCGGCCUCCGUCGCCAACAUGUCGGACACGCUCAACGAGAUCAUCCUCAUGAACACGGGGCUCAAGUCCUGCGUCCCGCCGGAGCUCGGCGCGCUCACGGGCCUCACCGUGCUCGACCUCAGCUUCAACAAGCUCAUGGGCGCCAUCCCCGACGAGCUCGCGAGCCUCCACAGCGUCGAGCAGCUCGACCUCGGCCACAACCGCCUCGUCGGGGACGUGCCGGAGGGGAUCUGCCGCCUGCCGCACCUCCAGAACUUCACCUAUUCCUACAACUUCAUCACCGGCGAGCCGCCCGCCUGCCUGCACGUUAAGACCCUCGACGACCACCGGAACUGCAUUCCCUACCGCCCCGACCAGAGGUCGCCGGAGCAGUGCAGCUUCUUCAACAACCACCACGUCAACUGCGAUGCCUUCAAGUGCAAGAAGUUCGUCCUGCCGUCGCCACCCCUGCCGCCACCGCCUCCUCCUCCGCCAUCACCACCUCCACCGUCGCCGUCUCCACCACCGCCUUCGCCUCCGCCACCAUCUCCUCCUCCGCCAUCACCAUCCCCUCCCCCGCCUUCGCCUCCUCCACCAUCUCCUCCGCCACCUUCACCUCCUCCUCCGUCUCCUCCACCCCCAUCGCCAUCCCCUCCUCCUCCUUCUCCCCCACCGCCGUCUCCACCUCCACCAUCCCCAUCACCGCCACCUCCCUACUACGAGGUGUCACCGGAGGAACGGUACCUCUCCCCGCCGCCUCCGGCCUACACUGAGGUCCCACCGCCGCCCUACUACGAGGUGUCACCGGUGGACCGGUACCUCUCGCCACCUCCACCACCACACCACGAGUCGCCACCGCCGCCACCUCCAGUCCACCACGACCCGCCACCUCCACCCUACCACGAGGUGUCUCCGGAGGACCGGUACCUCUCGCCGCCGCCGCCGCCAGCCCCGGCUAGCUUGCCCAAGUACGACUACUCGUCACCUCCGCCGCCACGGGCAUUGCCCAAGCUGCCUGUGUACGAUUACUCGUCGCCGCCACCGCCGGCGGCCGGUUGGAGACCGUAA